GACAGUUCAAAGUAUGCCGUCUGUCGUGGAUGACUGGUCUGAACUUUGGCCUUAAGCUUUGACCAACAUUUUGUAAUUAUUGGAAAUGAUUUGGCCGAAGGAAUGAUUACAAACUAGCCGACAACCCCAAUUAGCCGAGACGUGUGUGACGGCACAACCAAUUACAACCAAUGAGCUAUAAAGGCUUCUGUUACAGCCACUGAUCGGAUGUAAAGGCAUCCACUGCCAGGAACAACUGUUUAGGAGGGAGACUGAGUCACCCAGCGCCAGGCUCGCAGGAGAAGGUUGCAGGGUCCGGGUCCCCGGUUCUCCCGGUUCUCCCGGUUCCGGCUGCUGCUUCUGAGGAUGAGGAUGAUGAUGAUGAUGAUGAUGAUGAGGACGGGUCCAGUGUUCUGGUGCUUCUUCACGCUGCUCUGCCUCCGAGGCAUGCUGCAUUGUUCUCCGGUUCUCCGCGGUGGGGCCAGCGAGCAGAGCGCUGCUGCACCGGGCUCGGACAGGUUCCCAGUCCUGAGGAAGAGAGGCAGAGAAACCCCGACGAAGGACCCGGGGCCCCAAUCCAACUCCAGUCAGGCCUGGAGCCGCCUGCGCUGUGGGGUCCCGGACUUCCCCGGGCCGGUACACCUCAGCGGGCGACGGAAGCGCUUCGUUGUGUACGGAGGGCGCUGGGAGAAGACCGACCUCACCUACAAGAUUGUGCGGUUUCCAUGGCAGAUGGGUGAGGAUAAGGUUCGUCGGGUGCUACAGGAAGCUCUGAGGGUUUGGAGCGAAGUGACGCCACUCACCUUCACUGAGCUCCGCAGCGGAAAGGCGGACAUAGUCAUCGACUUCACCAGGUACUGGCACGGGGACAGCCUCCCCUUCGACGGGCCGGGGGGAAUCCUGGCCCAUGCUUUCUUCCCCAAGACCCACCGCCAGGGAGACAUCCACUUCGACUACGACGAGUCCUGGACGCUGGGCAACGACAUGGGCACGGACCUCCUCCAGGUGGCUGCCCAUGAGUUCGGCCACGUCCUGGGGCUGCAGCACUCCAGGGAGCCCGGGGCCGUCAUGUCGGCCUACUACACCUUCUCCUACCCCCUGGAGCUCAGCCGGGACGACCGGCAGGGAAUCCAGUACCUGUACGGCGCCCGGCCACAGGCCCCCACCUUGGCCCCGCCCCGGCCCCCUCCCCCAGUCAACCCAGAGACCAAUGAGAUCACUCCUGACGCAUGUCACACAGACUUUGACGCCGUGUCCAUGAUCCGUGGCGAGCUGUUCUUCUUCAAGAGCGGCUAUGUGUGGCGGAUCCGCGAUGGCUACCUUGAGCGCGGCUACCCGGCCCUCGCCUCCCGCCACUGGAAAGGAAUCCCAGACACCGUGGAUGCCGCUUUUGAAGACCAGACGGGGAAUAUCUGGUUCUUCCAAGGGAACAACUACUGGGUGUUUGACGCAGAGCGGCCAAUCAGGGGGCCAGAGUCCAUCCGGGGUCUUGGUCUGUCCGUGUCCCACCUCCAGGCCGCCCUCCGCUGGGGGCAGGACUCUAACUACAACACCUACCUCUUCCAGUCGGGCAGCUACUGGAAGCUCAGCCCCAGUGAGGGCCGUGUAGAGUCAGUCUACCCCCACAGCAUGCAGGACUGGAGCGGAAUCCCACACGACGUAGACGCAGCCUUCAAAGACAUCUAUGGUUAUGCCCACUUCAUCCGGGGAAGGCAGUAUUGGAAGUUUGACCCAGUGGCUAGGAACUCUCUGGAGGGUUACCCACGGUACAUCGGCCAGGACUUCUUCAGCUGUAGACAGAAGAAGUGACACGGAGAGAGUGGAGGGGGCAUUCUAUUCGUUUGGACCAGAAGAGAACCCUUCCUAUUCUUCUUCUUUUAUGAUCACUCGACCGUCCUCUCAGGAACACAUUUCCUCAGACUCUGACCUCUGGUGUUGUUAUUGUAAUUAUAAUAAGAAUGACGAUAAUAAUGACCAUGUUUUACAGUAGACCAAGACACUUAUUAACUUUAGGACAAAAAGAGGUAGAUGCUGCAAGUUUUUGUGGAGAAAUUGUGCCUUUAUGUUAUCAGGAUCUUUUUUUACCACUACUGUAUAUAACAUUUUUCUCCCUCUUCAUAUGACAUUUUGUGUGUCAGUGGAUGUUUACUAAUUGUUUCCUAUUUUCUCAAAAAUACUCUCUGUUUUGUGAAAUCACUCCCAUAAGCACAACCAUAAGAUGUCUAUCCUCACCAUGAGCCACAUGUAUCCACCCAUCUGCAAACAGCUUUUGAUUCUAGUGUGAUCUACAGGGAAAACUAGAACUGCAAGUUCUCCAAAUGUUAUUCGUUUUUUUGUAUUUAAUGAAGUUAUUAAUUAUAACACGGUGCUGUAUUCAAGAUAAUCUUUUCAGGGACAGAAGACCAGAGAGUAUCUGUAAGGUUCUUCACAUUGAAACCCCUCACACCUCGCGGUUCUCCUCGCCUCGGCAGAACCUGGCACCCUACCCGGUACCAGCAUCCUGAUACCCUUCUCAAACCCUAGUUGCCUCAUUUCCUUCAAAACCUAAAAUUGUGUUUAUAAUAUCAAUUUUUUUUAUAGCAAUUCUAAUACAUAUAUCUUGUUUCACCUUAUCAGCAAAAAAAUUGGCACAUACAACAAUAAAUACGAGUAUGUCAUUGGAA